UCAAAUAACAUUAAGAUUACCAAGAUGUCCAACAACUGCACAAACUUGACGUUAUGUUUUAAUGAUACAACCACUGACUCAGAAGGAUAUGGAAUCUUGUCAACGAUAUUCAGUACUACAAUGACUGUAAUGCUGGCCUUGGUGGUGUUUUCAAUGGGUUGUACUGUUGAAGCUCUUAAAGUAUGGGGUCAUUUAAGACGGCCAUGGGGAAUCAUCAUAGGACUUGUGUGUCAGUUUGGAUUGAUGCCAUUAAUAGCCUAUCUCUUAGCCAUCACAUUUUCAGUAAAGCCAACUCAAGCUGUAGCUAUCUUAAUUAUGGGAUGCUGUCCUGGUGGCGUGAUCUCCAAUAUCUUUACUUUAUGGGUAGAUGGAGACAUGGAUCUCAGCAUCAGUAUGACAUCAUGUUCGACCAUUCUAGCUUUGGGGAUGAUGCCAUUUUGUCUCUUCAUCUACUCACGUUCCUGGGAACUGGCAAAAAGCAUUAAAAUACCAUAUUACAACAUAGGAAUGGCACUUUUUAGUGUAGUUAUUCCUGUUGGAUUUGGAGUUUUUGUUAACUACAAAUGGCCAAAUCAAGCAAAAAUUAUUUCCAAGGCUGGUUCAAUCAUUGGAGGACUACUCAUGCUUGUUAUAGGAGUAGCCAGCGCAGUUUUAUACAAAGGAUCGUGGGACACAGACCUUUCCAUCUUGUUAAUAGCCAUCAUCUAUCCACUUCUUGGCUACAUUUCUGGCUUUGGCUUGGCUGUUAUUGUUCAGCAACCUUGGAAAAGAUGCAGAACUAUUGCCUUAGAAACCGGAGCCCAGAAUGUGCAUUUGUCUUCCACUGUUCUACAGCUGUCUUUUACCCCAAAGCAACUGGUCCAGAUGUUCACCUUUCCUAUGAUAUACGCAUCAUUUCAACUCCUUAAUGGAAUGCUUUUAGUGGCUGUCUACCAGCUUUAUAAAAGAAAAUAUUGCUGCAGAACCACGGAAAUAUCAGAGAAUCAAUCAGAGAGGUGCGUCACUAUUAACGAGCUGCCAAUUAAUGGGAACAUAAAUAUGAACUUUGAACAUGAAGAUGACAGAAUUACUUGCACAGAAAAGGGUAUUUGAAAUAACAUUUGCAAUACAUGUGAGCACUUAUCUGAAUUACCAACUCUCCAUAAGGAUACCCGCUGAUGCAUAAGUAGGCAGAGGUCCCAACUCAUUUUAUCACAUCACGGUCAUAUGGUAAAACAAUUACUUUCUAAGAAUCAUAAGCACCAACGUGAGUUUUGGCACUCUAUUGCAUUGUGUUUGUCAGAAGACUCCUUUAUUCCAGAGGCUAAUACAGGUAUGUGAUCCAUUUUCAGCAAUCCCAUUAUCCAGAAAGUUCUGAACUACGA